CUGGCGCUCGGGCCAUUUAAAUGUGUGUGAGGGAGCCUGUGAAAUGGCCGCGCAGGUCGCCGCGGUGCGCGCCGUGUCCCGGGCCGCCGAGGAGCCGCCCCCGCUCCCCUCAGGGGACCGGCCCGGCCGGCCGCGCGGCACCGGGAGGCGGCGGCGGGGCCCUUCCGGUGAAGCGGCGGUUGCGGGGGGCGGUAAGCGGGCCCGGCUGAGCCAGCAGCUGUUGGCGGGGCCCGGCCCGGCGGAGCCGUUGCCCCCGGCCGCCCUGCCCGGCCUGCCCGCCGCCGGCCUCUUCGCCUUCUCCCCGCUCGGCCUCCCGCCGCCGUCCGCAGCGCUGGAGGAGCGGCGCCACCACCACCACCGGCAUCGCCCCGCCGCCGCUGUCGCCCCCGAACCCGGCCGUUUGGCCGCGGGGCAGCCGCAGAAGGCGAGGCGGAGCAGCCCCGCGGAUGGUGCGGCCGGGAGGCCCAGCAAGAGAGAAACUCAAGACGAAAAUGGCAAAACCCAGCGAGCUGACAGUCUUAUAAUGAAGAAGAUAAAGAAAAAAAAGAAAAAGAAACACCGGGAAGAUAUGAGGGGAAAACGCCUGAAGAUGUACAACAAAGAAGUGCAGACGGUGUGUGCUGGACUUACUCGCAUUGACAAAGAGACUUUGUCUCAAGGACAUUGUGAUAACUUAGAAAUAAACAAGGAAUCCUUCAGGUAUCUUAAGGAUGAGCAGCUCUGCAGACUGAAUUUGGGUAUGCAGGAGUACCGAGUGCCCCAGGGAGUACAAACACCAUUUGUGACACACCAGGAGCAUUCUGUUCGCAGCAGCUUCUUGAAAACUGGCACUAAAUUUAGUAACUUCAUUCACGAAGAACAUCAGUCUAAUGGUGGCGCUCUGGUCCUUCAUGCUUACAUGGAUGAACUCUCAUUUUUGUCUCCAGUGGAGAUGGAGAGAUUUGCAGAAGAGUUCCUUGCUUUGUCAUUCAGUGAAAAUGAUAAAAAUGCAGCUUACUAUGCUUUAGCAAUAGUACAUGGAGCAGCUGCUUAUUUACCGGACUUCCUGGAUUACUUUGCUUUUAACUUUCCUAACACUCCAGUGAAAAUGGAAAUUUUGGGCAAGAAGGACAUUGAAACAACAACAAUUUCAAAUUUUCACUCUCAGGUCAAUCGAACAUACUGCUGUGGAACCUACAGAGCAGGACCAAUGCGGCAGAUCAGUCUUGUUGGAGCUGUUGAUGAAGAAGUUGGGGACUACUUCCCAGAAUUUCUAGAUAUGUUAGAAGAAUCUCCAUUUCUGAGAAUGACUUUGCCCUGGGGUACUCUUUCUAGUCUCAGACUUCAGUGCAGGUCACAAAGUGAUGAUGGUCCCAUAAUGUGGGUGAGACCAGGAGAGCAGAUGAUCCCAACAGCUGAUAUGCCAAAAUCACCAUUCAAGCGACGCCGGUCAAUGAAUGAAAUAAAGAAUCUCCAGUACCUACCUCGGACCAGUGAGCCCCGUGAGGUUCUGUUUGAAGACCGAACAAGGGCUCACGCUGAUCAUGUGGGUCAAGGAUUUGACUGGCAGAGUACGGCUGCUGUAGGUGUUCUGAAGGCUGUGCAGUUUGGGGAAUGGAGUGACCAGCCUCGUAUAACCAAAGAUGUGGUUUGUUUCCAUGCUGAAGAUUUCACUGAUGUUGUGCAGAGACUUCAGUUGGACUUGCACGAACCACCAGUGUCACAGUGUGUUCAAUGGGUGGAUGAAGCCAAACUAAACCAAAUGAGACGGGAAGGCAUUCGCUAUGCUAGAAUUCAGUUGUGUGACAAUGACAUCUACUUCAUCCCUAGAAAUGUCAUUCAUCAGUUCAAAACAGUGUCAGCAGUCUGCAGCUUAGCUUGGCACAUAAGACUUAAACAAUAUCACCCUGUGGGGGAGACUUCUCAAAGUACAGAAAGCGAUUCAAACUUGAACAGUAGCGUUCCUGGAAAGACAGAGUCAGAAGGUGAAUCACAAUGUGUGAGUGUAAAAAUAGAGGCUGAAGAACCAGGUACAGAAAUGCAGCUUACAACAGGGGUGCUUUCUUCCUCUGUUUCUUCAAUAUCAGGACUCGUGCAACCACAUCAGGUGGCCCAGCCCCUUCCAGCUUUUAAAGUAGAGUCUAAUCAGCAACACAAUCCACAGGGUCAUGCAGGCUCUUCUGUGUGAUAUGUAUAUAAUCAAACAUUUUUUAACAACUUUUUAAAAUUUUGAUGUGAAGUUAUAGUUUUAUAACUGGCUUAUGUUUUAUUGGAGAAAUCUUGCCUAUAAUUCUAUAGAGAAAGGUGACAUUCCAAAAUGUCAAGCAUAUCUUUUUUACACAGAUUAUGCAAAAUUCAAGUUGUAUUUUAACCCCUUAGUACAACCUGUAACAGUGGUCUACCACUUCUUUCUGUUUCAGUAAAGAGAUAUUGAAUAUCUCCUCAAAAUCAGAAUGAAAUUCCUCCAGGAACAUAAAAUGAUUGAACUGUAUUGGUCAGUGUUAUUUCCCUGUUUUUACUUUAUUCUUCACCAGAAAGUGAUGUUUUCGUAGAAGGCUUACAAAGAACUUUCCCAUCUCAUUUUAAUUGCUUAAAAAAAGAGAAAGCACAGCACUUUUGUUGAUGUUUUGUGAAAUUUUUGGUAUGUCUGUUGUUGACAUGUUGGUUUAUAUACAAGUUGGUUUAUAUACAAGCUCUAGAAAUUGAUCUGUAUUUCUUACAGUUCCUACAAAGGUGAUCUGUAAAAUUAACUGAAGAAAGUGUCUGAUCCUGUUGAAAUGCAAUGACUUACUGACCUAACACUUUUCAUAGCACUGCUUAUUAGUAUUUGGUGUGAGGGUUUUGCUUCCAAAGUACAUCUUCCCGGAACAUGAUUAAUACUAGUGUCAAAAUCAGAGAAUCUAUUGGUAGUCUUAUGGAGGAAACUGCUAUCUUUGAGCACUUUAAGGCUUUAAAAUGCUAACCAACUUGGCAGCUUGUUUUGAUCAGGUCGUAAUAUAUGUCCAAUGGAACCACACUUUCCCUUGUACUGAUGCACUUAAUAUAAUAGCGUUGAGUUGGUAACUGACUUACACAACAAGAAUGUCCUUAUUCUAGGAAGUUCUGUAUUACUGUUUCACAAUAAAAAGUAUUAUGGCAUUGGA